CCGGAGGAAGGAGUCCAGGAAACAUGCACACACACUCCCUCACUCGCACACGUUUCAAACCAGCUGUUACCAGGAGCCCCCUCUGCAGCCUGAGCUGAGUGCUGGAUGUUUGGACUUGAUCUGUUUUCACGUGGAAGCAUCUGGAGUGGCUUUUUGUGACAGGGAUUAUUCACUAACUUGUAGCCGUGUCGGAGCCCAGACUUCAGCAGCGGGGAAAUCUCGUUUCUGGCUGAUUUUUUAUUUUUUUUUCCCACCCCCAACAACUACCCUGCUCUGCGUGUAGACAUCGGUUUUACCUGUAGCAUCAUCAUGCUGUGAUGAGGAUGAGUGCUGUCGACACUUUGGUCUGUGUGUGAGAGCGCGUCAGAGUUCCCUAUUGUGCGCCCGUGUGUGGUAUGUGAGUGUGUGCGUCAGGAUGAGUGUUCCCAUGCUGAAGAUUGGUGCGGUGCUCAGCACUAUGGCCAUGGUCACUAACUGGAUGUCCCAGACUCUGCCGUCGCUGGUCGGGCUCAACGGAACCAUCAUCUCCUCUGAGGGCACGCACGAGCGGAUCGUCAGCGGCUUGUACCCUGGCUCAGAGGAAGGCUGGCAGGUGUACAGCACGGCCUCAGAUCCUGACGGCAGGUGUGUGUGCACGGUUGUUGCUCCUGCGCGAAACCUAUGCAAACGAGACCCUCGGAAUCGACAACUUCGGCUGCUGACUGAACAGGUUCAAAAUGUGAGUCAGUCCAUGGAGGUGGUGGACCUACGGACAUCCAGAGACCUGCAGUACGUUCGAGACUCGGAGCCACUGCUGAGAGGAGUCGAUGGACGUUUACACACUUAUGUGGCCAAUCCCCGUGCACUGACAGCUAAGGGCCUCCAGGAGGUAAAGGGCCAGAUGUCUCAGCUUCGGCCCUUCUUGUCAGUGGUGGAGCAGUACAGAUUGGACCUGCAGACGCUGGCCACUUUGCGAAUGGAGCUGCUCAAUCUAUCAAUCAUCCUGACAGCCAUUCAGGAGGAGGUCGGUGCGUACGACUACGAGGAGCUCCAGCAACGGGUGUUACUGCUGGAGACCAGGCUCCACAGCUGCAUGAACAAACUGGGUUGUGGUCGCCUGACGACAGUUAGCAACCCGAUCACCGUGAGAGCCUCUGGAUCUCGCUUUGGCUCCUGGAUGACUGAUGCAAUGAUUCCCAGCUCCGACAGCAGGGUGUGGUCGAUGGAUGGCUACUACAAGGGCAGGCGAGUGCUGGAGUACAGGACCAUGGGCGACUUCACAAAAGGCCAGAACUUUGUGCAGCAUCUGUUGCCCCACCCCUGGGCAGGAACUGGCCAUGUGGUCUACAACGGGUCGCUUUAUUACAACAAGCACCAGAGCAACAUCCUGGUCCAGUAUCAUUUCCGCUCUCGCAGUGUGGUGCUUCAGCGCAGCCUGAGUGGAGCUGGAUACAACAAUACGUUCCCCUACAGCUGGGGAGGGUCUUCUGACAUUGACCUCAUGGCUGAUGAGACCGGACUCUGGGCCGUCUACACCUCCAUCCCAAAUGCAGGAAACAUAAUGGUGAGUCGCCUUGACCCUCAUUCUCUGGAAGUCCUCCAGAGCUGGGACACGGGGUUUCCCAAGCGCAGUGCAGGGGAGGCCUUCAUGAUUUGUGGCACCUUAUAUGUCACAAACUCCCACCUGGCCGGGGCCAAGGUCCACUUCGCCUACCACACCAACACCUCGACAUACGAGUACACUGACAUCCCCUUCCACAACCAGUACUCACACAUCAGCAUGAUGGACUACAACCCCAGAGAGAGAGCUCUGUACACCUGGAACAACGGUCACCAAGUGCUCUACAAUGUUACGCUGUUUCACGUCAUCCGGAGUGAUGGAUAGAAUGACUGAAAGCAGGUGGUAAAAAUAUAAUCUUUUAAGGAUACUGCUUAUAACACAAACAUACACACUCUCGCUCCCGCACACACACAAACAAAGAUGGCCAUUCUAGUCAGCAGAAUAAUUAGUACUUUCUAUGUUUGAAUUUGAACGACUUCCAGCCUGCAAAAGCUUGUUGAGCAAAUGAGAUACAACACAUGGUUGUCAAACACCAGUCAAAAGGUCGUAGAAAAGAGUUUACAUCACACAAACGAGGCAAAUAGACUGAAAAUCCGACGUUUUGAGCUCAUCUUUAUUCUGUUGCGUUUCAUUCCACACAUGUGUCAAGAUGUGACUUUUGAAGCUGAGGUGGAAAAGUUGAAAACAAAAAUUCUGACUCUGAAAUGUAUCUGACCUUACCGCAGAAGUCAAACUUUGACGAUGGCACUGACAGAGAAAUCAUGGGGUUUGUGAUGUGAUUGUGGACAUGUUUAGUCA